CUGCUGUCCGGAAUCCAGUAACUGGCCACCACAGUAACGCAGGACUUUUAUAGAGAGCGCCAGUGGAGACAGGAGCUCGUCCAUUUGCCUUUCAGUUGUGGGACAGGGAGCGGAGUUCAGCCCCGCUGCAGUGGCCUGGGACUCAGGACUGGGAUCACAGUGCUGACCCACAGACAGCGUGCUUUGGGUUCCUAUGAGAAUCAGGAGGAGGAGGGACUGUUAAAGAGGCUUCAUUUGAAGGAUCCAGCGACAGACCCCAUUUUCCCGUCUACCAGACGACACAAUGACCGACGUGAUGAGCAUGCCGGCUGUGACGGCCCAAAACCAGACAGAAAGAGUUGAUGACACGGCAGAAAUGAACGGUGUAGGGAAUUUACCUGAGGAGACCAAAUCGUCUAAAGAGCAGACGAAAACAACAGACAAAGCACGAAAACGUGAAAGACCUCAGAAAAACACAGAUGCCAGCAUCACUGAGGUGGACAACAUGAACGACGUGGGCAACUUGGUUGAUGAUGCAGCAGAAAUGGACGUGGCUAACAUGACAGAUGUUGCACUGAAACAAGAGAAACUUCUGACAUCCCAUAAACCGGUGCAGAGGAGCUACGUUCCCAAACUGGCCAAGGGGGAUGUGAAGAGCAAGUUUGAGGCCAUGCAAAAGGCCAGAGAGGCGAGGAACCAGAUGAAAACCAAUGAAGAGCAGAAGAAACGCAAAGACCAGUACAUCAAAGAAAGAGAGAGGAUCCGGAAAAAGCAAAUAAUAAAAGAACUCCUCGCCUCCAGCGAUGAGGAGGACGUGAAGCCGGCCAAGCCCGAGAAAUCGUACGUCCCCAAGAUUACAGGCAGCGUGAAGGGCAAGUUUGCCGAGAUGGAGAAGCAGAGGCAGGAGGAGGAGAGGAAAAGGACGGAGGAGGAGAGAAAGAAGCGCAUCACGCAGGAAGCCCUGGAGAAGGCCAAGAUUCAGAAGGAGCUGGCCAAGAAGGCCGAGGAGGAAGGGGACGACAGCCUCCUGGUCCGAGUGGUGCCUGCCAAACCGCAGAAACAGCCUGGCAAGAUCAAGAUGAAUUUUGAGGACAUAGAGAAAAGCCGAGAGGAGGAGCAGAAGAAGAAGAUUGAGGAGGAGAAGAAGAAGAGAUAUGAUGAGAACCGCCGCUCAUUCCGAGAGGCCAAGCGUCACUCUGUCACCAUGAACCAGGAUGAGGAUACCCCACAAAAGGAGAAGGAACAGGUGACCCCUGGAAAGCUGCGGCUGACGUUUGAAGAGCAGGAGAAGGAGAGGCAGGAGCAGCAGAGGAAGCAGGCUGAGGAGGAGGCCAGGAGAAGGCUUGACGAGGAGAAGAAAGCUUUUGAGGAGGCCAAGCUGGGGAUGGCUGAGGACGAUGAUGACGUGGAUGCAGCGGAUGGGGAGAAGGAGGAGAUCCAGCCUGGGAAACUGAAGCUCAGCUUUGAGGAGCUCGAGCGACAGAGACUGGAGAAGGAGCACAAACGAGUGGAAGAGGAGAGGAAGAGGCGCAUCUUGGAGGAGAGGAAGGCCUUUGCUGAGGCUAGAAAGAGCAUGCUUUUAGAUGAAGAUGAGGAUGUCCUGCUGGCUGUGAUGAGCGCAGAAGCUGGUGCUACACCAGGGAAGUUGACCAUCAGCUUUGAGGAGCUGGAAAGGCAGAGACGUGAGGAAGAGCAGAAGAAGAAAGAAGAAGAGGCCAAGCGUCGUUUGGAGGAGGAGAAGAGGCUGUUUGCAGAGGCUCGCAAGAACAUGAGCCCAUCCCAGGAUCAGGAAAAUAUGACCCCGUUUGGAGAAGGAGAAGUUCUGGAUGAGGCCGACGAAGGCCUGGUGAGGAGUGAGUCACAGGAAGCAAUGCAUCCUGGGAAACUGGAAAUCAACUUCGAAGAGAUGAUGAGGAUGAAGGAGGAGGAGGAGAGGAAGAGGAAGCAGGAGGCACGGCGUGAAAAAAUGGAAAUGGAGAAGAAACAGUUUGAGCAGCUGCGGCAGGAGAUGGGAGAGGAGGAGAUCAACGAGACCACGGAGGUGGUGAGCACAGAGUACGAAGAGCUGACCAAGCUGAAGAGAACCGGCUCAAUCCAGGCCAAGAACCUGAAAGUCAAGUUUGAGAAGAUCAAGCAGCUGACUGAGGAGGAGAUUCAGAAGAAGAUCGAGGAGGAGCGAGCGAGGAGGAAAGCUGUAGAUGAGGAGAUCAAAGAGAGAGAAGCCGAGCGCUGCGUGGAGGACGAGGACGAAGACAAAAGAAGUCCCGUCAAAGUGGAGGACGCUCCGUUUAAACAGAAAGUGGACAUGCGCGCUCGGUUCGAACAGAUGGCCAAAGCGAGGGAAGAAGAGGAGAGGAGGAGGAUUGAGGAGCAGAAGCUGCAGAGGAUGCAGUUUGAGCAGCAGGAGAUCGACGCCGCUCUGCAAAAAAAAAGGGAGGAUGAUGAAGAGGACGAGGGAAGCAUCGUCAAUGGCUCAGCGGCCUACGAGGACGAAGAAGACCAGGGCAGGUCAGGCGCCCCAUGGUUCAAGAAGCCUCUGAAGAACCAGUCCGUGGUGGACUCUGAGCCUGUCCGGUUUACAGUGAAGAUCACGGGAGAGCCCAAGCCGGAGGUCACCUGGUGGUUCGAGGGCGAGAUGCUGCCGGACUCUGAGGACUAUCAGUACAUAGAGAGAGGGGAGACGUACUGCCUCUACCUGCCCGAGACCUUCCCCGAGGACGAGGGAGAGUACAUGUGCAAGGCCGUGAACAGCCGGGGGACGGCCGCCAGCACCUGCAUCCUCACCAUCGAAACGGAGGACUACUGACGCGCUCCUUUCCCCCCUUCCGGAACUUUCCCCUGUCUUCUUUUUCUGGUUUUUCCUUUUGUAAUAAGUUCAUAUUUCACAGUAGGGCCAAAAAUAAUAAUAAAAAAUACCGCAGAGGAA